AUGAAUGUUGUACGAAAUGCUACCAGUGUGUAUAAGGUGAACGCAAAUGGAACGUACUCAGAAUUGAUGGCUUCCGGUCCGAAAAGUAAUAUCACUUGUCUGCCUGAGAGCUCGAUGAACUAUGAUUAUGAAGGUGCCAUGAAAUUUACCGUAGCGGUCGUUCUAGUUUAUGGAGUAGGAAUUAUAGGUUUAUUGGGAAUUUACACCAAGAAAAAGAGAAGCGCAGAGGAUAAAAUCAAAGAAGGUGACAAUUUCAUAAGGACAUUUGAAAGAAAACGGCAUUUGAUUGAACGUAAAUCAAGAAAGUCAGAAAUAGCGAAGUUAGUACACAGUGUCCAAGGUAUCGAACCCAAGUCACCUACUUCUAUCAUAGGAAAAUUGGCAUUGAAUCCUGUAAUUAACAUAGCUCUGCCACCUCGGGCCUCCAUUAACUUCGAUAAAAUAAAUUUGAAGAGACAAAGUAUUGAUACUGAAAAUAUCGAAAAAGCAGAAAAUAUCGAAAUUGGUAAAAUAUGUCCACCUGAAAAGCGGGUAACUUUCGAAUCAGACUCCGUCACAUGUGACACGCGUCUAUUAAGUCCAGUGACAACUAAUACAAAUGUGAAAAGCAACAUAAUUCCUAGCGAAUAUUCAAUAGUGUGUGAGGAUGGUAAACCAGUGAAUGGAAGCCGAAGAAAUGCUAUUAGAAGUUAUAAAAACAUGAACAACAAUGACCGCAUUGCAACUAUACACGGUUCUGAUUCGAGUACACGUGAUUAUGCAUGUGAUCGUGUUAAACCAAAUGAACAUGAUGUGCCUCGUGACAACAAUGUGCUUGAUUGUGUGCCCAACAAUUUUGUAACAAUGGUAACAGACAAGAAAUUCAUAUCCAUUCUUCAAAACGAAAGUUACGUAUAG